GUCAGCAUGGCUGGAUUUUCACGCAGUUUUUCGCCGGUCCUCCCGUGCUGAGGGCCUCGGAGUAAACUACUCGAGUAACGUCGCACUCGCUCGCCGUCGUGCGUGGCGUCGAUCUCGCGCCAACUCCGUCACGUCGCGCUACGUCUCCCUUCCCGUCGCGCGUAGUGCCCUGUCCAACUUACACGUUUGACCAGGAACGAGAAGCCCGAGAAAGGACGCCAGAUGCUUGAACCUAACCUCCAAGCGCGAAGACCGCCCCGAGGGAUCACGCUCGCGGCCGCGACUCGCGUCCAACGUGGCUUCCGUCCCGCCGAUUUUAUUACGCCGUGCUAAACCCACAGGGAUCCAAACGAUCUCUCGCAAUCGAUUCCCCGUCUAUGCGAUAUUCCCCGCAACGCGUCGAGUGAAACUGAGAGAACAGAAAUGAGCGGUGAGAAGUUCCGCGCGUCUUCAUUACGAAACUCUCCGGGAGGCAUCUCGAUUGUGUCGUGUGGUGAUUAACGGCGAGAGGGGCGAAGGAGAGGCAGCCGCGCGGUGCAGCAAAUGACAGUGCAGUGAGAGAAGGGCCCAGCGAUUCGUGGACAGAGAAAGAAAGGUUCUCCGUUCCGGGCAUCAGGCAGUAAAUUUUCAUCUCGAGGGAAGAAGAAAGAAGAUUCUCGGCUCCCUUGGAACCUUCUCGUCGGAGAAAACCGACCGAAAUUCUAUGGAAUUUUCCUAACGAGCGACAUCAUGGAAUUUUCCAACGUUGCACGAAAAAAGUCGCCAACGCAAAGACAUAAACUCCGAAAAUUGUUUCGCGUAAGAAACACUGCGACUGUACAUCGUUCCUAAUUGACAGAUAGAGGAAGGAGCCAACGGCGGGGGGUAACUAGAAGCGGGAAUGAGAAGAGGAUCGAGCGGAAGACACGAAGCAGCGUUCGAAAUUUACGAGUAAGUCGGUUUGCUUGCACGUCGUGGGGUCCAAGAUGGUGUCUAGGGGCGGUCGUGCGCCGUAACAAAUGGUUUAGCCGUGAACCCACUCGCCGUGCAACGACACCGGAAACAGGCGGCAGCUAUCCGGCGAACGAGCGAGCGAACGAGCGAACGAGCAAGGAGAUCCGCAAGAAUUCGCGAGGACACGGACGUGAAGCUUACCCCGGUCAUCUCUCACGUGGUGAAUUGUUCCCAGGCACGAAAGCCGAACAGUGAAGUCGCUCUUGUUUGCAACGAAAUUGUCCGGAGACAAGAUGAUUCUGAAACGUCGACGAUGAAACGGCGUACGUUUCGCUACGAUCAUCCUGUGAGAGAACGCGUCGCGACUUUUUAAUACGCGUUCGCAGACUCAGAGAUGACACGAGGUGUCGCGCAUUUCGAUAUUGAAAUCCUGAUGAUAGUUGAUCCAUGAUAACUCGGCCAGAUGGGUUAAAAAAUCGUGGUUCGCGAUUGACGGCACGGUCUCGUGCUGCUUGCGAAAUGGCGAUUAUACCGCGUCCUCGAAAGUGCAACAAGUGGUGUCCAGAUUCUCAAUGCUGAGACAUCAUCGAUGUUACUCGACAGACGGACGAGGGGAUUUGAUCCGGGACCGAUCAGGUUCGCGACCGGUUGGAGAAUCUCGAACAGGAGGACCGCCAUUGUUUCCUAAAACGAUGCCAGCGGGAUUAAGCGUAUCUAAUGAACUGUGAAUCUGUUUCGCCUGUCUCAAAUACGAUCAUCUCGAAAUUUUUUUCAUCAGGAUUCUCUUCGCCGGUCUAAGUAGAUUUACUUCCGCUGAGAGGAAACGUUCGACCAACGCAUCGAGAGGUCCCGGUUCGAUGCUGUUCGUUAACCUCGUCAAAGAGUGCUUUAUUGAUCGCGGGAUCGAAAGGUAGACGACGAGUAGCUCCGAGCUAGGAUUUUAACUUGAUUCCAACCGUUGGCUUCCGUCGAACUCGAGUACUUGAAUUUACCGACAUCGUCUUUACCAGGAAGAUGUAUAGAAGUUAAAAAAAAUUUUAAUUUAUACGACGAUUCGCCCAAAACAGGGGAACUAGUGUUAUUAAUGCACGUAUUAAUAUUCGUUGAAACGUGACGCGAUUCAAUGUUGCACGUGACUGCUCUAAAAAAGACUGUAAACGCGAGUCCAUGGCGACGAAAGUGCUCUAUGCUGUGCAGACGAAAGAAACGCUUGCCGGGCAUCGACGAUUCUUGGGACUGCUACCUGACCUCUCAACGGCAAAUCCGUUGACUAACGUAGCAGCACCGUUCGUAUGCCGCGGGCAAAAACAUCUCGUGACUCGCUCGAGGACGAAGACUUCGCGAUAAUCCAGUCAAAACAUUGUCGGAUCCGCAGAGACGUCGUCGAAUGAGACGAUGGUGAUGAAGAUAUCCGCAAGCGAAGCUGGCGUUCCUCUAUUAGGCGCCGUCAGUCCGCGCUACGUCGUCAAACAAGCGACGGUGAAGCGCUGCGUCCUGGCGUUGUUGCUCGUCUCCAUCGCCAGUAUAUUCUACUACACUUACUACAUCGUCAGCAGUGGGCCGCUAUCCAGUUUAAUACACCGAGAUACAAGGCCAGAGCCAGCGAUACGAUGUUCGACUCUGAGAGGAGCGACCAGACUACCGUCGGCACCAGACCAUCGCAGUGAAGCUCGAUUAAGGAUAGAUCCAAAAGUGUUGGUCUUUGUAGAAACUCUAUACUCGAGGCUAGGCCGAGAGAUAGCUGAGCUGCUAGUUUAUAAUCGAAUAAAGUACAAAGUGGAGGUGGCCGGUAAGUCUUUACCGGUGUUGACGAACCUCGACAAGGGUCGAUACGGGGUGCUGAUCUUCGAGAAUCUAAACAAGUACCUGCAGAUGGACAAAUGGAAUCGUGAGCUACUCGACAAAUAUUGCAGGGAAUAUUCAGUUGGCAUCGUGGGUUUUGCUCCUCCAGGAGAAGAGAGUCUCGUUGGUGCUCAACUGAAGGGCUUUCCACUUUUUAUACAUACUAAUCUUAGAUUGAAGGAUGCUCAGCUGAAUGCGGCGUCUCCCAUUCUUCGAUUAACCAGAUCGGGAGAAACGGCCUGGGGACCACUUCCUGGCGGCGACUGGACUAUUUUUCAGGCCAAUCACAGCACCUACGAACCACUCGCUUGGGCAUAUCGAGACAGCCUCGACUAUCCGGCCAACAAAAGUCCCCUAGCUACCGUCAUCCAGGAUCAUGGCAGAUAUGACGGAAUUCAAAGAGUUCUCUUCGGCGGUGGCCUACGGUUUUGGCUGCACAAAUUGCUGCUGCUGGACUCGUUAUCCUACUUGUCACACGGGCAAUUGAGUCUCAGUUUAAAUCGUAUGAUCCUGGUGGACGUUGACGAUAUAUUUGUCGGCGAGAAAGGCACCAGACUGAGAAAAGAUGACGUAAUGGCAUUGUUAGCUACUCAGCAGAGAAUUCAAGCUCUGGUGCCGGGGUUCAAAUUUAAUUUGGGGUUUUCCGGGAAAUAUUUUCAUCACGGGACAGCGGAGGAGAAUUUGGGGGACGACAUGCUUUUGGAGAACGUAGACAGAUUUACGUGGUUUUCCCACAUGUGGAAUCACCAACAACCGCAUCUUUACGAGAAUGUAACUCAUCUACAAUUGGACAUGGCACUGAACAAGCAAUUCGCAAAGGAUCACGGUAUACCAACCGGAAGCGGAUACAGCGUAAGUCCACAUCACUCCGGCGUUUAUCCGGUCCACGAAGGCCUCUAUGAAGCAUGGAAGCGAGUAUGGAACAUCAAGGUCACAAGCACCGAAGAAUAUCCGCAUCUAAGACCGGCUCGUUUGAGACGCGGUUUUAUUCACCGUAAUAUAAUGGUUUUACCGAGGCAAACGUGUGGCCUUUUUACUCACACAAUUUUUAUCGAGAGGUAUCCAGGUGGAAGGGAAAAGCUGGACGAGUCGAUACAGGGCGGAGAACUUUUCCAAACGAUCGUAUAUAAUCCGAUAAAUAUUUUUAUGACGCAUAUGUCGAAUUAUGGAAACGAUCGGCUGGCAUUGUACACUUUUGAAUCAGUUAUAAAAUUCAUUCAGUGUUGGACUAAUUUGAGGCUGUCUAGUGCACCACCACUUCAGCUUGGAGAACGUUAUUUUCAAUUAUAUCCCGAGGAAGCCGAUCCAGUGUGGGGAAAUCCAUGCGACGAUCAGAGACAUCAGAAGAUUUGGUCUCGUAAUAAAACUUGUGAUCAGCUACCACGAUUUCUAGUAAUCGGACCUCAAAAGACUGGUACUACGGCAUUGUACACAUUCCUGUCCAUUCAUCCAGCAAUAAGCAGCAAUUUACCAAGCCCCGAUACUUUUGAAGAGAUACAGUUUUUCAACGGAAAGAAUUAUUAUAAAGGUCUUGAUUGGUACAUGAGCUUCUUUCCAGCAUCAAAAAACGAGAGUUCUCGAUAUCUCUUUGAAAAAUCUGCUACUUAUUUUGACGGAGAAUUAGUACCACGAAGAGCCCAUGCACUUUUACCAAGAGCUAAACUAAUCACCAUACUGCUCUCUCCAGCUAGACGUGCUUAUUCAUGGUACCAACAUACCAGAGUACAUGGAGAUCCGGUAGCGAACAAUUACUCCUUCCAUGCGGUCAUCACAGCGAGUGAUUCUGCUCCGAAAUCCCUACGGGAUCUUAGAAAUAGAUGUUUAAAUCCUGGAAAGUACGCCCAACAUUUAGAGAGAUGGUUAUCGUUCUAUUUACCGCAACAAUUACACAUUAUCGAUGGCGAGCAGUUACGACAAAACCCUGUGGAAACGCUGCAUGAAUUGCAACGAUUUCUAAAAAUAACACCCGCCUUCAAUUAUUCCUCACACUUGAGGUACGAUCCGAAAAAGGGUUUUUUUUGUCAAGUAACUAACGAAGAUCGCACUAAAUGUCUUGGUAAAAGUAAAGGUCGCCAGUAUCCACCGAUGGAAGACAGAUCGUACAAAUUAUUACAGAGGUAUUAUUUGUCCCACAACACGGCUCUAGUGAAAUUAUUAAAGCGGCUUGGGUCCAGAACGAUUCCACAAUGGUUGAAGGAGGACCUUACCGACACUGUGAUGACCUAGCAAACGCCAAUCACAUGAAACUUUAAUGUUUCCCGGCUGCUCGCUUCCGCUGUCAGCGAGAUACGUCGCUUGCUAAUGGAAGACUUGUAAAAUAAUUGUACAUUCAAAACUCCACUGGAUUUCACAUCUUUAAAGGAAGGACCAUGCUGGCCUAUCUCAGUGGACUGGCCUAAUAUAAUUGAAGACCCUACAAAAGCUAGUCAUAUAAGCGAUUUUACGAAGUCCCAGUUGUAAU